AUGGCUAUGCGAUUUCCCUUCCGAGCUCGAUUGGCCAGCUCCUGCGCCGUCGCCCGUCCUCGGAUCGUUCGCCGAGGUCUUGCUUCGCUGCCAAAUGCCGACGUCGCGGCCGACUCCAAGAGCGCUGCCAUUGUGAACGAGCAUGCGCCUUAUAUGGUCGCUACAUAUGCUCGACCCCCGCCGGUGUUUGUCAAGGGAAAGGGUUCAUGGCUCUGGGAUGCUGAGGAUCGCAAGUUUCUUGAUUUCACUGCCGGUAUCGCCGUCAAUGGUCUGGGCCACUGCGAUCCUGAGUUUACUCGUAUCAUGACUGAGCAGGCCGAGACCCUCGUUCACGCUUCUAACCUCUACUACAACCCAUGGACCGGCGCCCUGUCUAAGCUCCUCAUCGAAAAGACUCUCGAGUCUGGCGCUAUGCACAACGCCUCCUCAGUAUUCGUCUGCAACUCCGGAUCUGAAGCCAACGAAGCCGCUAUCAAGUUCGCCCGCAAGGCCGGCAAGAUCGUCGACCCCUCCGGCGAAAAGGUCGAGAUUGUAUCCUUCAACAACGGUUUCCACGGCCGAACCAUGGGCAGCUUGUCCGCGACCCCGAACCCCAAGUACCAGAAGCCUUUCUCGCCCAUGGUCCCUGGCUUCAAGACUGGUGAUUACAACGACGUUGCAGGAAUCAAUGUGCUGGUCACUGAGAAGACGUGCGGUGUGAUCGUCGAGCCUAUUCAGGGUGAGGGUGGUGUUACUCCUGCGUCCGAGGAGUUCCUUGUUGCACUCGCUAAGCGAUGCCAUGAGGUUGGUGCUGUUCUGAUCUACGAUGAGAUUCAGUCCGGUCUCGGACGAACAGGUACAUUCUGGGCUCACGGAAACCUGCCCAAGGAGGCUCACCCCGAUAUUCUCACCACAGCCAAGGCUCUCGGAAACGGCUUCCCCAUCGGCGCUGUCCUCGUCACACAGGAUGUCGCUGAUAAGAUGAAGGUCGGCGACCACGGUACCACUUUCGGUGGAAACCCUCUUGCCUGUCGUCUGGCACACUACAUUGUCGGUCGUCUUGCCGAUAAGCAACUCCAGGCCGACGUUGUCGCCAAGUCAGAAAUCUUCAAGCAGCGCUUCGCCAAGCUACAAAGCCAAUACCCCGACCUUGUCCAGGAGGUCCGUGGUCGAGGUUUGAUUCUCGGUCUGCAACUAUCUCAGGAUCCUACACCUAUUAUCAAGGCUGCUCGUGAGCGUGGUCUGCUUAUCAUCACUGCUGGUGUUAACACAUUGCGAUUUGUGCCCAGCUUGACUGUGACCGAGGCCGAAAUCAAUCAAGGACUGGAUAUUUUGGAGACUGCCAUCGCUUCUACUCGAUAA